AUUCUGGUGAGAGCACUGCACUCGACCGCCGCCCUCCGAGCAUACGCCGCUGCCCUCGCUUAUGCAUGCCAUCGAGGCGAUCCUCCUCCUGCCAACUCUUCAGCCACGCUUCGCAUCGCUUAUUUCGCUCGCGCCCUUGCACUCGCCAUCGCCAUCGCCAUCGCCAUCGCCCUCGUGAUCUAGCAACACCAAGCGAGCGCACUCAUCGCCUCUGCGGCGCGUGCAGCCAUGAGCACCAUGACGGCUUCCUCGACAAUGGCAACAGGGCCAGGUACAGAGCACGCGCUGGAUCUGUAUGGCCCUUCAUCCGUUCCUCCACCUUCCAACAGCGGUGUGCCAACAUGGGAAGAUGAGAUCGUUCCAGCUUUGCGAAAGCGAUUGGAAGCCGAAUCAGCUCGAUUGGGAAAGAGGAUAAGCAGGUUGGACCAGGCUGGAUCGGAUGGUUGGGUACCUCUGGGUGCUGAGCAAGUAGCUCGCAAAGUGGCUGCAGAGACCUACAACGGCGAAGGUUCCAAGAAGAAAGGUCCCAUUGCGAGCACCUCGGAGUGGGGCAUCUCUUCUGCUCAUCAUGCUACCCCCAAUGCUGCUCGGUACGCAGCUGUCAUCACGAGCGGAUCUGGUCGUAGAGAAGCUAGCGAUCAAGCCCGAAGCUUUACACAACCUGCAGAUCUUACAGCCUAUCGUCAAAAUCGUCAAGCGCCCGCGAGCACGAGCAAGGCGGAAAGCGUGCGCAGAGCGCGAGAAAAAGCAGAUGCCUACAGACAGCGUAGCGGGGAUGACAGUCGGAGAAGUCGUGCAAGGGAAGAGGAGGACGAUUCAGCACGCAGAUUGUAUGCUGAUCGGUCAGACUUCAGCGGCCCGAAAGGGUUGGGAUCUUCCGUGCCCAAUUCGGCUCCCACCGCUCACAGCAGCUCCGCGUGGCCCAGUUCAAGCGGCUCAACCCUCCAGCAACCUCAGCUCAAUGAUCGUUUGAGAGCCGUCUCACAACCGAUGGACGCGCAGGCGACUGCAGCGCACCGAAGAAGUAACAAUUCAGCCAGCAACGAUACCGCCGCAUCGCACAGCUAUCAGGAGCGAGCAGCAAGCCCGACAAGCAGGAUACCUGCGCCAAUAGAACCGGGCAGGCACAGGCCUCGAAGAGGAUCUAGCGCUGCCCGACUAUCCCAGCAGCAGCAGCAGCAGCAGCAAGAGGCUCUUAGUGGCAGCUCCAGUCGAGGGCUGAGACAGUACGGCUCUGCGAAUCCUGUGAGCACCUAUGACCGAAUGAACAGUGCAACCGGUAAUUCAGCCUACGAGGAGAGUGCAACCUCUACUCGUCCGGCAUACGUUCAAGAUGGAGGGUCCAGUCAUGCCGGUACAAGCAGGACUGGUCGGCGAGAAAGUGAUGCGCAUGCUCGAGGUGCUGAUCUAGACGAGUUUGGCGGUCCGUUGGGUCAAGUCUCGCCUACUCGGGCCCAGGGAAGAGCACCUCGCACUAGAACAUCGAGCGAAGCUACGGGUCUCGCGCUAGCUUCGGCCGCUGCGUUGGGCGUUGGGAGCGCACAUCAUCCACCGUCGGGCUCUACGUGGGACGAGGUGCUUCCGCCGGCUGUGGCCAGACGGGUGGCUCAACAGAAAAUCCUUGCGCAAGGUCUUGACGAAGGACUCAUCGAUGCGUGGGACACCAAGGGCUUGCCGCUGAGCAGGACGCAGAUGAUGGACUUGCAAGCUCAGGCCGUGGCGAAUGGGCCUAGGAGCAACAGCGCUCACAUGUCCUCGAGCCAUUCGGACGCUGUUCGUGCGCAGGCCGAAGCAGAAGAGAGGGAGCGCAAUGCGCGAGCGGAUCAACAGCACCGAGAUCAUCUUGCGCGGUAUCCGCGCGCAGAAGAGUUGCAACAUUAUCCCGCCAUUGUCUCACAGCAGCAACAGCAACAACAGCAAAUCUAUCCGCCCAGCGGCAACCGAACCUCCCCGGCCAAGGAUCACGACGCGCCAGCUUCGACGGCUUACACGUCCUCUCAGCUUCGUACUGCGAAUGGAAAGGACCAGGAGAAGGUUGACAAGGGCUGUUGUGGUUGUCUGAUCAUGUGAGCUGUGCCAGCGAUCGUAUCUCGCGCGCUGGCAGCUCGCCGUGGUAGCAGCACGGCACGGAUCGCUGCCGAUGCCAAACGGAACGGACUCAUCAAAGCUUGCGCUCAGCUUGCAGCGCUCGUGUUCUGCCCAUUCAGACAAUGGCCAAUGACGCUGCGCGCCGGUCAAAACGCGAGCAGCGCAAGGAGAGACGG